GGGAGGGGGCUGUGUGGUCGUGGCAGAGCUUUGAAGAUCAGUCAUCAGAGCGCAGGGGCCCGGGGACGGAGACAGAGCAGGCAGAAAUGCUCGUGUGUGCCGAGCGGAGCUGAAAUCUGUGCGCAACUGGAUGAAAAAGAGAAAAGUGGGGUCCGGAUGGAGCUCAGAAUAACAGGAAUAUCACAUGCUGGGUGUUUUCUCUUAAAUGGAUUACCGAAGGAAUAUUAUAUUCAGUCGGAUUUGCCCCAUUCAUGAGUGAAUUCGGAUACUCAAGGUAACAUCUCCACCAGAGUGAAACAGGAAGUGUCGUCUGUGAGCAGCCAUGGGCCAGAGAGCUGCGCUUCUGCUCAGUGAGCUGCUGCUGCUGCUGCUGACAGCCUCACGCACUCUCCUCGCAGUCAGCUUCCCAGAGGACACCGUACCCCUCGAUGUCGUUGACGCGCACUUUUCACGGAGGUACCCUGUGUUCAGAGGCAGGCCCUCUGGCAACGAGUCACAGCAUCGCCUUGACUUUCAGCUGAUGACCAAGAUACAGGACACUCUGUUCAUCGCUGGCAGAGAUCAGGUGUACCUCGUCAGUCUGAGAGAAUCCUACAGGAAUGAGAUCAUUCCUUACCGGAAGCUUACAUGGCGAUCAGGCCAAGCUGACAGAGAGAUGUGCGCCGUCAAGGGAAAACACAGAGACGAGUGCCACAACUUCAUCAAAGUGCUGGUUCCCAGAAACGACGACCUGGUCUUCAUCUGUGGCACCAAUGGCUUCAACCCCAUGUGCAGAUAUUACAGGCUGGAUAACCUCGAGUUUGAUGGCGAGGAGAUCAAUGGAUUGGCGCGAUGCCCGUUUGACUCCAAGCAAACCAACGUUGCCCUCUUUGCUGAGGGGAAGCUGUAUUCUGCAACUGUAGCCGACUUCCAGGCCAGUGAUUCUGUCAUCUAUCGCAGUAUGGGUGAUGGAUCGGCCUUGAGGACCAUCAAAUAUGACUCCAAAUGGCUGAAAGAACCUCAUUUCCUGCAUGCAGCAGAGUACGGGAAUUAUGUGUACUUUUUCUACCGAGAGAUUGCAGUGGAGCACAGCAAUCUGGGCAAGGUUGUGUAUUCUCGCGUGGCCCGGAUCUGUAAGAAUGACGUCGGCGGGUCACAGCGGGUGCUGGAGAAGCACUGGACGUCUUUCGUGAAAGCAAGGCUUAAUUGCUCUGUGCCAGGGGAGUCUUUCUUCUACUUUGAUGUGCUUCAGUCCAUCACUGACAUCAUCGACAUCAACGGGGUUCCCUCGGUGGUGGGUGUGUUCACCACGCAGAUGAACAGUAUCCCAGGAUCAGCGGUGUGUGCGUUCUCCAUGGCUGACAUAGAGAAAGUAUUCUGGGGCCGCUUCAAAGAGCAGAAGACUCCGGACUCCGUGUGGACUCCGUAUCCAGAGGAGAAGCUGCCCAAACCUCGACCCGGAUGCUGUGCAGGUCAUGGUCCAGCUGCGUCCUUUAAGAGCUCCAUCGAGUUCCCGGACGAUACCCUGCAGUUCAUCAAGUCGCACCCCCUCAUGGACACAGCUGUGCCUUCUAUCGGGGAUGAGCCAUGGUUCACCAAGACUCGAGUCAGGUACAGACUGACAGCGCUGGCUGUGGACAAUGAAGCCGGACCUCACAAGAACUACACAGUGGUGUUCAUCGGGGCUGAGUCAGGGGUUGUCCUCAAGGUUUUGGCUAAGACCUCCUCUGUGUCCCUGAAUGACAGCCUGCUUCUGGAGGAGAUAGAUGUCUUCAACAAGGCAAAGUGCCUGUCUAACCACGAGGAUGACAAGCGUGUGCUCUCGCUGCACGUGGACAAAGACGCACACAGCCUGUACGUCGCCUUUUCAAGCUGCGUCAUCCGUAUUCCCCUGAGUCGCUGCGAAAGGCAUUCUUCCUGCCACAAGUCUUGCAUCGCAUCAAGGGAUCCAUACUGUGGCUGGAUGCCUCAUGGAGCCUGUGAGAGGAUACAGCCGGGUCUUUUGACUGGGUAUGAGCAGGACAUUGAGUCAGGAAACACAGCUCACCUGGGAGACUGUCAAGCGUUUUUGGGCACUACAUCAGCGCCAGAUUACAAAUCAUUUGGCGACCCUACCUCUGACAUGGAGUUUUCAUCAACGCCAGUCACUGUCCACCCCAGUGGGCCCAUACACCCCCCAGUACUCAUACCCACUCAGAGCCCCAGCUCUGGGCCUGGUCCAGAGCUCUACGGCUCAGGCUUUGUGCUGCAGGAUGACCCAGCCACCUCCCAUUCUUUAGACUCUAUCCCAGGGGGCCAAGAGGGUGUGUGGGAUAACCAAGCAGGUGAAACCAACCAGAUGGUCCACAUGAACAUUCUCAUCACCUGCGUGUUUGCUGCUUUCCUCAUGGGUGCCCUCUUGGCUGGUCUGAUUGUUUUCUGCUACCGAGAUUCAUUCCUUCGUAAGCCAAGACACGUACACAAGGAUGCCGAGUCUGCACCGUCCUGCUCCGAUUCCACUGGGAGCUUUGUCAAGCUCAACGGCCUCUUUGACAGCCCUGUAAAGGAGUACCAAACCAACAUUGAUUCUCCCAAGCUGUACACUAAUCUGCUGAGCAACGGGAAAGACCUGAACACACCCAACGGUGAUACCAAGACCAUGAUCCUGCGGGAUGGCUGUCAGCCCCCUGAGCUGGCUGCCCUGCCAACACCAGAGUCCACACCUGUGCUUCAGCAAAAGGGCCUGCAGCCCAUCAAAAACCAGUGGGAGAGGGCUCAAGGGAAGGCCAGUGGGCCCCGUAAGGAGUCCAACUCAUCAGCCAAGAGUCCCCAGUUCCUUACUGCUCCUACAAACCCCACCUCCCACCAACCUCACCCUGCCCUGGGACACUCCCACAUCCCUAGUGCGGUUGUCUUGCCCAAUGCCACACAUGACCACCCCAGCUUUGACAAUGGAGAUGAUACACUGCCACAUUCAUCAGAAAAGAAGCCGAAGAAUCCAGAUUCAAAGGGAAGUAGGAAAGAACAAAAGAGGUCUGUGGAUGCCAGAAAUACCCUAAAUGACCUUUUAAAACACCUCAAUGACUCUGUGGCCAGCCCCAAGGCCAUUCUUCAAGAGGGAACAGGGCCCCGCCCAAGGCAACACCUCACACUGGAGCCUAUGGAGGAACUGACUGAACUGCCCCCCAGGGUGCCCAGCCGUGAGGCUUCCCUCUAUUCUCCCUCCUCCUCCUUACCCAGGCACAGCCCCACUAAAAGGGUUGAUGUGCCCAUGCCUAGCACUCCCACCACACCAACGGGCAGCCUGAGCAUGGGGGGCACCCUGGAGAGGCAAAGAGGGGGGUAUCAACUCCACCGGAGUGCCUCUCACAGGCAGUCCUUAUCCACCUCACCAAAUGGGGUAACCAUGGGGGUGUCUGUGUCUCGCCAACACAGUAUGAACAGAGGGGGUUACAUGCCCCCAACACCCCCCUCCAGACUUGACUCCCAUGGUGGAGUGAUGGCGGCAGGAAUGCACUCAGCCCACCCAUCCUCUGUAUCCCGACAGAGUAGCUACAGUGCACAUGGCUCACUCCCUCGCACAGGGCUUAAACGGACCCCAUCGCUAAAGCCAGAUGUGCCCCCUAAACCCAACGGGUUUUCACCACAGACUCCACAGAUGCGAGUGGUCAAUAAGUACAGUUAUUGAAGGAGCAUGGACACAAGAGUGAGCUCUUGGCCUCGACUGUAAAGCUUUGAGCCCUGAGGGCUUGGGAGGCGGGCUAUGGAUGGGGUAGGGCCUAUUGUGUGUUUGUGUAUCGACUUGAGGUGUGUUCCCCCUUUAAAUGAUAUGCACAUUCACUCACACUAAAAAGGGAAAAUCACACACAUGUGGCCAAAGAUACUCCUUGGAGCUUUUUCGCUCCCUUAUGUAUCCUUCUCGCUCCCUCGUCAUGGUAACCGCAGGAUAUGAACAGUGGACAGUGGUGAACCCACAGCUCCCCAUUGUAUCUGGGCUUGGGUGUCGCCCAUUCCCAUGUUAGGUACGUGGUUUAGGACGCUAGCUGGGGCCACAACGGUGUAGGUGCAUGUGGUACCAGGUUUGAAACAGUGGAAUACUUGAAGAAUGGGUCUCAUUUGUCACUGCCCUUGAGCACUGUCUUCCCACUAAUGUGAACUGAACAAAGACGAUAGGUAGGCCAUGCCUUUGUUAGUAAGAUGGCUGGGGGCAGAGGAGAGGAUACUCAAAAAUCAUAGUGUGCGUGUUGCUUAAAAUACUUAUAAGCGCAAACAGCUGAAUCAAACAGCAGGCGAACAAAGAAAAAGAGUGCAGAUGAGUGUGUGGGUGUGUGUGUUGGUUGAUUGGAAAGCAGGUUUGUGUAAAGGCUGUGCACAAAUGUGGCUUUCACAUUUGGUUAUCAAGAGUGGUGCCACAUGCCAGAGGAUGCACCUUAAGACCUGAGUCACUGUCUCUCAUUUUGAUAUUAUCUCUUCUCUGCUCUUGUUGGACCCAUCUGAACAGAUCCAAAAAACACAUUUUGUGUAUCACUGUAGUGUUUCUGGUCAUUAGGUUAGGCUGGUCAUGCUGGGUGCACAUAGGACCAGGGACUCUGUAACUCACUGGGAAAUUUUAGACAAUACAUUUGCUGCUAUUGGUUUUAGACAUAGGUGUUUGUCUUUGAUUUUUUUCUCAACCAGAUUUGGAUCGCCCUUCAUAUGGGUGUGCACAUCUGCUUGUGUGUGUGUGUGUGUGUAUGUGUGUGUGUGAGUGAGUGAAUGAGUGAGUGAGUGAGAGAGUGAGAGUGUGUGUGUGUGUUAUACUGCAGACAGAAGCCAAGAAUUACAGUUUUCAGCUACCAAACGCGCUAGUAAAAUAGACGUGAACAAACGCUUCUCUCCAAGACUGAAACCUCCCCUAACCUCCACUGCCCCUUUGUAAGAAUUUAUAGGUGGUUCAAGAGACUUCUUUCUUUAUGUAGCAACGGUAUUAAGAAAAAAAAAAAAAACAUUUCUCAUCUCAUUCUGUAAGUGAAUUUUGAACAAAAUAAUUUGCCUUUAUCAUGUUUUACUGUGUUAUUUAAAAUAAUUUACCAUAUGAAACUAAAGCAACACCAAUGGUUUAGCCCGCGUGUACGAAUUCAACAUUUCAGGGCGCUUCUGUUCUGUUAAACCUGUGUUUCCCCUAACAAAUGAACACUACAACUUUCCUCUGCAUUAAUCUUAUUUAAAAAAAAAAAAAAAGUAUAUUAAAACUGACC